CUAGCUUGGCCGAACAAUAAAGAAUUAAGAAAAACAGUAACAUUGCAAUCGUAGAAGAAAAAUCCUUUCCUUUGAGCCUUUCCUUUCCUGUAAUAAUUCCCCAACUGAGUCAAGCCUCUCAACAGUCUCUCGUAUCUCACACGCUAAAUCCCACGCAAUCGUCAAUCCUUCUCUGCCGCCUUCAGAGUAUUGGAUCCCUCGAUCUCGAACACGCGCGAAGAGCACACUCUGAGUUUCUGCUUCUGCUGCGGUUCGAGUGUUGCGUCGUAGUUUCAUUCAGAAAGGGGCAUUUCUGAAGGGUGAAUCAUGAGCUGCUUCAGCUGUUGUGCGGACGAUGAUAUGCACAAAACUGCCGACAAUGGAGGGCAAUACAUGUACAAAAAUUCAGCAGGAAAUGAUGGAGGUUAUCAUACUUCGGAAGCUGCAUCAAAGGGUGUUCAAGCUGUGAAAAUUCAGCCUAUUGAAGUCCCAGCACUACUAGUGGAUGAACUGAGGGAAAUUACAGACAAUUUCGGGACAAACGCUUUGAUUGGAGAGGGCUCAUAUGGGAGAGUAUAUUAUGGGGUUCUUAAAAGUGGGCAGAAUGCAGCAAUCAAAAAGCUAGAUGCUAGCAAACAGCCUGAUGAUGAAUUUUUGGCCCAGGUAUCCAUGGUAUCUAGGCUGAAGCAUGAAAAUUUUGUUCAAUUGCUUGGAUACUCUGUUGAAGGAGGUUCUCGUGUACUUGCCUAUGAAUUUGCGUCUAAUGGAUCUCUUCAUGAUAUUCUUCAUGGAAGGAAAGGCGUUAAAGGUGCACAACCUGGUCCUGUCUUGUCAUGGGCGCAGCGAGUGAAAAUUGCUGUAGGAGCUGCAAAAGGGCUGGAGUACUUGCAUGAGAAGGCUGAUCCUCACAUUGUACAUCGUGACAUUAAGUCGAGCAAUGUUUUGAUUUUUGAUGAUGAUGUUGCAAAGAUCGCAGAUUUUGAUUUGUCAAACCAAGCACCUGAUAUGGCUGCGCGUCUUCAUUCUACUCGUGUCUUGGGAACAUUUGGUUAUCAUGCUCCUGAAUAUGCGAUGACUGGACAGCUGAAUGCCAAGAGUGAUGUAUACAGCUUUGGUGUUGUCCUGCUCGAGCUUCUAACUGGGAGAAAACCUGUUGAUCAUACAUUACCACGUGGUCAGCAGAGUUUAGUUACAUGGGCCACGCCAAAGCUUAGUGAAGACAAGGUUAGACAGUGUGUCGAUGCAAGACUAAAUGGUGAAUACCCUCCCAAGGCAGUUGCGAAGAUGGCUGCUGUUGCUGCUUUGUGUGUGCAAUAUGAAGCUGAUUUCCGGCCAAACAUGAGCAUUGUAGUCAAAGCUCUCCAGCCCCUGUUACACGCUCGCCCUGGACCUACUGGCGAAACAGCAAGUUCAUGAUCCCCUACCCCUUCUUUCCCUUUCCACACCUUCCCUCUUCUGUCUGUGCAGAUGGAAGUUCAUAGGCGUUCAAAGUAUACCAGAAGUACUGGUUUAUAUGGUGGUGGUAAAUUGUUUGCUUGAGGCUCCUGUCAUUUCUAUUGUUUACUUCAUUUGUUCAUAAUGCUUGAAGCUCUUUCGUUAUCCCAAACUGUUUAAUAGCAUUUUAUGUCAGCAGUCAUUAUUGUGAUUCGUUUUCUUUGCUUACAUUCAUUUGGAUUUGAUGAAUGUUAUAAUGUAAGUGGUGCACAGUAAAAGACGCCCUAGACGGUGAAAAAGAACAGGUAUGGUUCUAUUUUUGAGUUCUAUAGAACAAAUUAUGACACUUCUGAAGGCAA